AGCAAAUGGAAUCACUUUUUAACCUAAAAAUCUUUUCAAGCAUCAAGGGCAUUUGUCGUAGGUCAGAUAGACAAGAACAAGAUAUUAUGACUACCCAGCCUGAUGAAGGAAAGCAUCUGUUUAUUAACUUCCAUGAUCCCGACACUCAAGGCCAAUUAUGUAACACAACUCUAUCCUUUGAUGACCUUAAGAAGCGAUUUAAGAAAAGAGAACUUAAGCUAUGCUCAAAACAACUGGAUUUUGACACAGCUUCUCCAUCAGAAACUGACCUUAAGGAAGUUGAAGACCUUGAAGUUGCUACUUUUGAUCAAGAAAAAGAUAAAAUUGUGAAGAAAAAUAAUAAAGAAAUAAAGGAAGGAGUGGACUUUUCCAAUCUUUGAUGAACUAAAUGUGAUAAUCUCCUCUUCCUUUCUAGAACACUUACUUGUGGACAUUCCUAUUGCAUUUUCUGUACUUAUAAAUACAUUCUGAAGGACUUUAAAUGACUGAAAUGUGAAGAGCAAGUCCAGACUGAUGAUAUUGAUGAGACACUACAAAUACAAUAUUCUUCACAUUCUAUAGACAAAAUGAUAUUGAUGCUCAAUUCAAGAAUUACCAAUCAAGAUCAGGUCAAGAAAAAUCUUGAGAGAAUUCAAGAAUGAAUUGAUUUCAAGAAGAAAUAAACUCACUUUUAAAUCAGACCCAGGCUGAAAAAUAGAUAUUCUCGACUUGAACAGCCUGAAAUGGUGUAAAGGAGAAAUUCUGAAGAAGACUAACAUGUCUAGCUCAUCUAGAAGUCUUCAUAUGGAAAAUCAUAAUGGAAAUGCUCUACUCUACAUACAAUACAAGAAAGAUGGAAACCAAACCAAUGCUUAUAUACGUGAAGACUCUGUAGCAAUUGCUCCAGAGGGUUACUUUACUAAAGAAGAUGAAAGCUUCAUACAGAUGCGUGAAAGAGCAAUGGAUACUAGCUUUGUUAGUAGCCUAGAGUCCCCAGAUAGAUUCAUGAGAGUGAUUACCCGCCUAAAUAGGAUCCUCAAUAUCAACAAUGCUGAGUCAUAA